GAAAUUUUAGAAAGAGAGAUCGAUGGGAUACUCGGUGAGCCCCGGGAGACGAGAUCAAGAGGCCACCGGCGCCGCCGCCGCCGCCGAGAGCCUCCUCGCUCCUGGCAGCACAGCGCUGCCGCCGGGAACGGCGGCGAGACACCCUCCGCCACCGGAGGAAGGUUCCUUCACCGCAUACGUCAUCUACUUCAUCCUUGGCACCGGAUACCUCCUCCCAUGGAACGCCUUCAUCACCGCCGUCGACUACUUCUCCUUCCUCUACCCUUCGGCGUCCGUCGAUCGGGUCUUCCCGGUGGCCUACAUGGUUACCAACCUCGUUUUCCUGCUCCUCGUCCUCGGCGUGGCCGGCAAAUCCAGUUCUCCGAUGAGGAUCAACGCGGGUUUGGGUCUUUUCGUGGUUUCGUUGGUUGUUGUGCCGGUGAUGGACGAGGCUUGGGUGAAAGGGGUGCAAGGGAUGUAUGCUGCUUAUGAUGUUACUGUGGCGGUGGUGGUUCUCGCCGGGAUCGCGGAUGCGAUGGUUCAGAGUGGAGUGAUUGGUGAGGCUGGGGAGCUGCCGGAGAGAUACAUGCAGGCCACCGUCGCUGGCACCGCCGCUUCUGGAGUUCUAGUAUCAGCCAUGAGAAUUAUAACAAAAUCAAUGUACCCUCAAGAUGCUGAUGGUCUGAGAAAGAGUGCAAACCUCUACUUCAUUGUCAGCAUUGUGGUGAUGAUCAUAUGUGUUAUUUGCUACAACAUAGUCGACAAGCUCCCUGUUGUCCAGUACUACAAGAACCUCAAAAUACAAGCUCUCAAAGAAGAGAGAAGUGAACAAGGACUGGAGAUCACAUCGACCUGGAGCUUGUCGCUCCGCCACAUCAUACAAAGAAUCAAAUGGUUGGCGUUUGCAAAUGCCUUAAUUUAUGUCGUUACACUCUCAAUAUUUCCCGGAUAUAUUACCGAGGAUGUGCAUUCGAAGGCGCUUAAAGAUUGGUACCCCAUCAUCCUAAUUGCAGCGUAUAAUGUGUUUGAUCUGGUUGGCAAGUGUUUUACUGCUGUUUACAUGCUGGAGAAUGCGAAGAUUGCAGUUGUGUCCUGUGUGCUGAGGUUACUGUUUUAUCCUCUGUUUUUGGGUUGUUUACAUGGUCCUAAGUUUUUCCGGACAGAGAUACCGGUGACGGUGUUGACAUGCAUUCUGGGACUCACAAAUGGGUACUUGACCUCUGUGUUGAUGAUUAUUGCUCCAAAACUUGUGGCAAUUCAGCAUUCUGAGACUGCUGGGAUCUUGAUGGUUAUAUUCUUGGCAAUUGGUUUGGCAGCUGGUUCUGUAGUGUCCUGGUUUUGGGUCAUUUGAUUGUUAAUGAUUGAACCCUAGACUGUUUUAUUAUCAAUUUAUGGUUUUCU